AUGGCGCUCACGACUCGACCGCAGCGUUCGGCUGCGGCUGCAAACCCACAUACUGGAAAGAAGAAAGCAAACGGAGCGGGCAAAAGUGCUGCAGCUUCGGGUUCAGCACUCAGUGGUGAGAGUGAUCUUUCAGAUGUGCCGAGCGAAGAGGACGAUGCGAGCGAGGGUCUGUCAGAAGUGGAUGCAAAUCUCGAGACGGACGAGGAAAUUUCCGAGGAGGAGAGAGAUCUGGACGACACUGGCGAUUUCAAUAGCCCCGGGAAGAAACGCAAAUCGACAGGCGCAAAGUCUCGCGAACAACCCAAAGCGAAGAGAAUUGCGAAGGCCAAGACAAAGACUGGCGCGUUUGGAGCCGGUCGAAAGGGGGCGACGGCGGGGCACGCCAAAGGCAGAGCAGCUGCAGCAGGUCCCAAGGCUACUAGAAGAGUUGCUUCCACCGGGGUGCGCAAGACGGUAGGCAACAAGGAAGAGUUGAACAUCAAAGAGGACAACGCAUUGUUCAAUUCUGUCAAGGAUCCCGAUACCGCCCUGCAGAGUACGGCUGAAGACUGGGUCGUGACGUACCAAGUCAAUGCUGGAACAGCGCUAUCACAACUUGUCACGUUCUUCUUCAGAUGCUGCGGCUGCAACAACGAAGCCGAUGAGCAUGUCGCACAAGACAUUGAUGCCAUCGUUGACAACCUGGACGAGAUCCAAGAAGCUUUUAAGAAAGAGCUGCUCCCGUCAUAUCCCCUCGUUUCCAAAGCAGCUUCUUACAAAAAAUUCAGGAAAUCUCUUGCGGAAUUCUUGGAUCGGCUAUUCCAGACUGCCGCCGAGGCCGAAGUCCUCUACGACGAGGUCCUGGUCGAGACUUUCAUAGCCUGGGUCUCUGCUAUGAGCUCUUCCUCCGUGCGCGCAUUCAGGCAUACCGCCACGGACUUGGCCUUGUGGGCAAUAGGUUCCUUGGCCAAGGUCAGUUUAGAACUGGCAAAAGAGCGUGCUAGCGCCAUCAAAGCGCGGGAUGCGGAACGAAGGAAGGCCAGAGGUGACAAAUCUCGAUUGACAGAGUUCGAAGCGAAUGUCAAAGGCAUCUCUGGCCGCAAAAAGAGAGUCGACGAUGCGCUAGAAGAGCUCAUGACCAGUGUGUACGUCCACCGAUAUCGCGACUCGGAUCCCAAUAUUCGAACCGACUGCGUCAGCGAACUUAGCGCCUGGAUGAAGGUGCAGCCUGAGCAAUUUAUGCAGAGCUCUUACUUUAGGUACCUCGGCUGGGUCUUGCCAGACACGCAUCCCGACGUGAGAAUCGCGGCGAUCAAGGGCAUCAGUGGCCUUUACGGUCGGGGCAACAUCCCCGAAAGCGUGCGUCACUUUACGGAUCUCUUCAAGGGCAGGCUCGUAGAGAUGGCCACGGGUGACGUGGACUUGAACGUUCGCGUUGCGACCAUCGGCGUACUGGUGACAAUCGACAAGCGCGGUCUGUUGGAAGACGAGCAGCGAGACUCGUUGGCUUCUCACAUCUUCGACGUAGAGCCCAAGAUCCGGAUCGCGGUCGCUGGCUUUGUAGCUGGCAUGCUCGAUGCUCUCGUGGAAGGAAGAGAAUCACAGCUUGGACCCGAACCUAGCUCUGAACAUGGUCAGGCGUUCGAGGUUUACGAAGGUGAACUCUCAAAGCUGCGCUUCAAGUGCUUUGCCGAGCUGCUGGUGCGCUUCGCUGGACGACUAGAUGCUGCUGUUGCAACGCAGUCGGAGUCGCAGUCGUCGGCGCAGAGCGGGGAACAGGCAGAAGAACUCUCUUGGUCGCUCGGAGGAUUGGCGGAAGGCCGCGUCGGUCUCGCUGUCAACGCGUUGUGGUCUUCCGUUCAGGCGGUCCAGCAGUGGGCUCCGCUCGUGGAGCUGCUGCUCCUUGACCACUCGGCCACGUCUGGCGAUUCUAGGACUGCGCGGCCGGCUGCCAAAAAGGGUCGCGGAAGAGCAGCUGCUACAGCUGAAAGCGACACUGCUUCACGACAAAGCCUGUACAUCCUCGCGAGCGAGGAAGAAGCAGUGCUUCUCGAAGCACUCGUAGCCAUUCUCAGCAAGACAAAGGAGCAAGCUUCAGCUGCGAAAGAGUCCGGCCACGCGAAGAGCAAAGCUGCACAAAGCGCAGACGCAGCAGAUGAUGAUGACGAGGAUGAUCCCAUCAAGGCGCUUUCAAAAAUGACACGCGACCUCAUCCCUGCUCUUCCCAAGCUGUUCUCAAAGUACAGGACCGACGCUCCGCGCAUUGCAGAUAUCUUGCUCUUACCUCAAUACAUCGAUUUGGACCUUUACGUCGACACGCAGCAAAUCUCCGCUUACGAAGCGCUCUGGGACGAAGUCAACGAUCAAUUCUUGCGCCACGUUGAGCCCACCUUGUUGGCCAACGCUGUCGGCUCCAUCUCGCACUUCAUCGAGACCAAAUCGUUGGCGGAGACGAAUGCGCUCAAGCUUGCUGGAUUGCAUGAGACGCUUGCUAGCGCGUCCAGAGAUCCCAUGGCGGGCCGCGAGGUGGAAUUGGCAACCUUUGAUGAGACCGAAGUGCACCUGCUUGCUGCGACGAUGCGGAGAAUGCGGCACUUGGCGCGAGUUACCGAUAUGAGCGCUGCAUUGGAGGACGACGACAAGGGCCAGCUUACUAGAGCUUUGGACGUUGUUCUCGGUCUUGCUGCGAGAGGGCGGUUGGGCUACGCUCAAGAAGCAGCACUCGUCGAGAGCGCUCUUGGUGUGCUCGCGCUGUACAUCAUGUGGAAGACGCACGCUGUCAUUCAAGCCUCCGCGGAAGGCGAGGAGACACAACAAGCUCUGAUUGGUCCUCUGGUCGACAAACGAACAACACUUUUGGAGCUCAUGAGGGGCUACAUCGCUGGAGAGCACCCCAAUAUUGCGGUGGGCGUGCAGCAAGAAGCGCUGAGGCACCUCUUGGAUAUUCACAUUAUGCACGGCAACCUCGCCGCUGCUGAUGAUGCCGCUGUAGCAGCUGCGCAGGACGCGGCGGGAGGCUUUUCGACGACCGCUGCAAGACCCAAGAUGCCUGCUUCUCUCCGUCUGGAAUGCUCUUUUGAGCUGCAAGAAAAGUGCGGAGAGUAUGUCAGGAGCGAACUCGAGAGGUAUGCCGAUGAGUUGCGAUCUGAAACGACUCGCCAUUCGAACGGAAGAGCAGAAGAUGAAGGCAAAGACGCCGACUCCGAGAGCGACGCAUUGUCCGAUAUGGAAGACGAGGGCCACGCAGAUGUGAGGCGCAACAAGAAGAAGGGCAAAAAGGCAAAGACGACCAAUGGCGAGCAGGCAGGGUCGGGCGAAGCCAGCAGCUCCCGACCAACGCAAGAAUUCCUGCAGCGUCAACACCAGCUCUGCCAGACGUUGUCACACUUCAUUGCAGCGAUCAGAUUGGGUGUGCUCGCUUCCCGUCAUGCUGCGCCUGUCUUGGCUUUCUACGGUCGACUUGGGCACAUCUUUGAUGCUAGCUUCAAGUAUUUGGUCGAAGCUCUCAAGGAAGAAGCUAUCUAUGUGCACAGCCCAAGCAGUGCCUGUCAUGUGGUCUUGUCGUCUUUGAAGCAGUCUUUCGUCUUGUUCGAGCAGGAUCCCACCAGUGAAAGCGAGAAUGCUUUCGUAAACCUAGCCAGAUCCUUGAGCGGUGCUCUGGUUGUACGAGGCGCGCACCUGGCCGUUCUCAAGUCCGUGCCUUCCCAUGCGCUAGUCGAGCUCCACACCGAAGGCUGCGAGCACGUGAUUAGCAAGGCGCUACGCGCAGAACAAGCAGGCAACCAAGCGCUAAAGGCGCGAGCGAUCAUCUUCUGGAAGGGUCUGGCUCAGCUGCUACCGUCGGCGACUGGCAGAGAUGCGAUCCGGAUCAAAGCUGCUAUGGACAAGCUUUUGGCCGAAGCAGACAUCGAAGUGCCACCUUCUGCAAAGGCUUGGGAGCCGCAGAGGUCGUAUGAGAAGAGGCUGGUGAACAUCGCAUCGAGGAGCGCGCAACUUGCCAAGAGGGCGCAAGCUGCCAAGCAAGCUUCUGCUCGCAAGCCUGCUCAUGAAAGCGACAACGAUGUGCUGCUCGGAGAUGCGGAUAGGGAUGCAGAGGCGGAUCAGCAACAAGACGCUGCUGAUGCUGAUCUCAAUGGGCUCGGCCACCAAGCGCAGGGACGACCCAGACCACAAGCGAAGAGGAGGCGCGAAGAGGAUCUGAUCAAUGAGGCGGAAGAAGAGGAGGCGGGCGAUCAUGAAGCUGAUCUCUCCCCGCCACCGCUUGAAGAUUCCGAAUUGGGUCUGCUUGACAUUACGGCAGACGAAGUCAGCAAUGCCGAAGCGGCUCGAAAACGCCAGAAGAAGUAG